ACUGAGUCUAAGAUGAAGUUAUGGGAUGUUUUGGCCACGUGUUUGUUGCUCCUGAGCUCUGCUGCUACACGGCCUCUCUACCAAAACACUCAGCCCGCCAAGAGGACUUACUUCCCCAGCAGCUACAGUGAUUCCACGUCCCUGUCUGUUGAGGACGAAGAGCCAGCGUUCCAGCGCAAAGACCCCAACCUGCAGGAGAUCUCUAUGGAGAAUCAAUAUGACAUCGCGGGUCUCUAUCCAGAGAAGUAUGACGACGUAAUGGAUUUUAUCGAGGCUACCAUCGGACGACUCCGGAGAUCGCCGGAUCCCAGCGGCGGCUCCAGGGGCCGGAGGGAGCAGAGACAGAGAGGAGCAGCAAACACGGGCGGUGCGAGGGGCGAGGGGAGAGGACAUGGCGACAGGAGGCGGAGUCGGGGGCGAGGGGGCAGCCGGGGUGGCAAAGGGGGCCGAGGCGAGAGGGGACGGGAGAGGAUAUCGGUGCAGAGCCGAGGCUGCUUGCUGAAGGAGGUCCAUCUCAAUGUGACGGACUUGGGGCUGGGCUACCAGACUAAGGAGGAGCUGAUCUUUCGGUACUGCAGCGGCCCCUGCGUCGAGGCCGAGACCAACUACGACAAGAUCCUGAACAACCUCACGCACAACAAGAAGCUGGACAAGGACACGCCCUCCCGCACCUGCUGUCGACCAAUUGCGUUCGACGACGACUUGUCUUUCUUGGACGACAACGUUGUGUAUCACACACUGAAGAAGCACUCUGCGAGAAAGUGUGGCUGCGUCUGAGGACGACUCACUGAAAAUGACAGACAAGGAGCGUCAGUGAACCAAGGAUCACCUCUACAAGCUCACACUGCAAACAGAGGGAUGGAAGAGAAUCGUCUCAUUUCACACUCAGUCCUCCAGAUGUUUUGAGCUGUGUGUGACUGUUCAGACACAUGCAGACAUGAAUCAGCUGUGCACCAGAAGAACACAGAAGAAUCCGUACUGUUACACUAAAGACGGGAGAGUGGAGGAAAACGAAUGACUUUGUUUGGCUUGUUCUCCAGAAGAAUUCAUUUUACCGAGAAAGUUUUCCUUCACCUCCUCCAAAGACUGCGGACGAACGCAGAGAUUUGAGGAGCCAAAUAUUUGCUGAUCAGCUGCAGUCAGAUUUACCUCCACUGCACAGUCUGGCUAUCGACAUUUACAUUCACAGCCAAGUGAUAAUAGAAAG